AUGGAUCCUAGAAUUACCGCAGAGCUCGAGAAGAGGGAUGAUGGCGUCGCAUUUCGCGCCCGCCAGAAUCACCUCCACCACACCUGGGCGAGGACUUUUACGUCAAUUCCGGAGCUUUACAUUCAACCCGAGUCGCUGGAAGAGGUCGAAAAGCUCGUUAACCUGGCCCGAGUAUGCCGCCGCCGCGUCGUCGCCACGGGCGCUGGUCAUUCGCCUUCCCACAUCACAUGCACUUCGAACUGGCUCGUGAACCUUGACAACUUCAACCGCAUCCUGUCCGCUGACGCGGAGACCGGGCUUGUUGUCAUGCAGAGUGGUAUACGUCUCUACACUCUCGGUGAGCGCCUGGCCGAACUUGGCCUCGCCAUGCCUAACCUCGGCAGCAUCAAUGACCAGUCAAUUUCCGGCGCCAUUACCACCGGCACCCACGGCAGCACGUUACGCCACGGCCUCAUGUCCGCCGACGUCGUGGCUCUCAAAGUCACCCUCGCCAACGGAACCACCGUCUCGUGCUCUAAGGAGGAGAACCCAUCUCUGUUCCGUGCUGCCCUCCUUUCGCUCGGUGCUAUCGGCAUCAUCACCGAGGUGACGUUCCGUGCCGUUCCCGCCUUCACCCUCCGCUGGCGCCAGGUCAUCGACGCGGACCGCGUCAUGCUGGAUUCUUGGCCACGCGAUCUCUGGACCAGCUCCGAGUUUGUGCGCGUCUGGUGGUUCCCCUACACCCGCCGCGCCGUCGUUUGGGAGGCCAACAAGACCGACGAGCCCCUGCUUCCCCCGCCGGUCCGCAACUACGACGGGCCCCUGGGCUACUACCUCUACCACAACCUCCUCUACGCCGCGCAGUGGGUGCCGCGCAUCCUCCCCUGGGUCGAGUGGUUCGUUUUCGGCCUCCAGUACGGCUUCGCCAACGGCUCCACCAUCGCCGCCGUCCAGCCCUCGCGACAAGCCCUCCUGAUGAACUGCCUCUACUCGCAGUUCGUCAACGAGUGGGUCAUCCCCCUCGAGAAAGGCCCCGAAGCCAUCCGCCGCCUCUCUUCCUGGAUGAACCACCUCACCCCAGACGACCCGGACUACGUCCCCCACGGCAUCCCCUUCUCGGCCGAGGGACUCUACGUCCACGCCCCCGUCGAGGUCCGCGUCUCCGACACGUCCCUCUUGGUCGACGCGCCCCGUCCGUACCUUGACCCCACCCGUCCCGAUGGCCCGACCCUCUACCUCAACGCCACCCUGUACCGGCCUUACUAUCGUGACCCGCCCUGCCGAGAACGCUACUACGAGGCCUUCGAGUGGCUCAUGCGCGAUCUCGGCGGACGCCCUCACUGGGCGAAAAACUUUAACGCUGGUGGCGCGGACCUGGCGGCCAUGUAUGGCGAGGAUCUGGAGGCAUGGAGGAAGGUCCGCGACGAGGUCGACCCGGAGGGCAUGUUCGUGGGGUCGUGGCAUCGGGAGAAGGUCUUGGGGGAUGGACCCCGGCUUGCACUGGAAGAGGUCGAGGAUGGGAGGACCCAGGUACGUGGCUGGGGCCUGAGAGUGUUUGGGAGGAGCGGUGGCAAUUAG